GAUCGGAAUUUGUGGGCAAUGAUGACAUAAGGACCCCGUUCUUGGGUCGUCGUUUGACCGGACGCUGAAUUUGAUACCACCAAAUGGGCAUCACUCGGAAACACUGGCAUCAACGUAUUGGGUAUAUCGUCGAACGGGCGCCUCCCACAUCUUCUUCUUCUCUACCAUCUGGCGCCCUUCCUAUGUACCUUCCUUGCUGCCAGCCAGUCUUCUGACUUUUUUUCGAGGUACUCUGCAGAAGCCAAGCCAUCGCAACCAAGCCGGCGAAUUACCUGCUCGGAGAUAUAUAUUUGAGUUGAAUCAACGGUUUGGGUUGGGUGACAAAGACCUAUUGUUUUCCCCAGCCGUUACUUUGUUCAUUAUUUCCCCGCCAGUGGCACUCGCAACUUCGGCCCUGCUUGUGGCCUACUUAGGCUGCUGUCAUAAUGGGAUCGACUACCGCACCACGGCCCUCUUCUUAUUUCUUACCAUCACCACCUUCGUCCGCCUCCGUCCCGGAGCCCGCUUUCAUCGUUGCUCGUCCCCGCACUACAGCUACUUCUCGCACAUCAGUAACUUCCCACUAUCGUCCCUUUUCCACAUACUACCACCCUGGCACAGAAGAGCCUCAUUAUCCUCUAAAACGACGUCGCUCGAGUGUCUUUGUCUCUUCUGCCACUGGCCUUUCGUCUUUCGGCAACAUGGUCUUCAAACACAAGGACAAGGAUUUAGAUCACCCACCACAUCCCAGCUCCCCAGCAACGCGUCCUCGCAAGGAUUCCGACCUCACAUCUUCAACGCGUUUCAAGAUCCCCAAGACGCUCAGGAAGAAGAGGUCCAUUGCUGCUUCACUCGCCUCGGACGUGACGAUCAUGCCACACACACCGACAGUCUCCUUGUCCACCGACGGCUCCCUAUCCUCAUCACCGGCCUCCCCAACAGAAGAAAAGUCACCUAGGACAGGAUCAUUCCCAGCAGACACCGCAGACCCCGAGAAUGAUGAUGAUGACGACGGCGAGGAUUCCGCCAAACCACCCAAAUACAGAAAGAAGGACACUUGGUCCAGAAAUGACUAUGGCCUCAAACUUCACCCUUACCCCAAAGAAGCUCCAUAUAUGCGGGCGUACGACUCAAUCUACAUUGAUAUCGAUCGGUGGAACAACGAGUUAUUGCAGCGCCUUCUUCCCAAGAAUUCUCCGAGUUUUCGUAAUUACGGCAAUACACCUCCCCGUUCUGUAAUCGACUUGGGUUGCGGGCCUGGUUUUUGGAUUCUGGACGCUGCGGCCGCAUGGAAGAACACCAGUUUCGUCGGAUUUGACCUUGUGGAUGUCCUCCAACCAGGCUUUCAACAGACGGAGAAUGUACGAUUUGUCCGUGGGAACUUCGUUGCGUAUCCUCUCCCGUUUCCCACCGACUCCUUCGACAUGGUCAGAAUGGCCAACCUCUCAUUAUGCAUACCCUACGAGAAAUGGAACUUUGUUCUUUCCGAAGCCUAUCGCGUUCUAGCGGAGGGCGGCCGUCUCGAGCUUAUAGAUGAUCAGAUAUUCUUUCCUUACGCCGAAUCCCCGUCCCAAUUUCCUGCGUCCAUCUCCCAACAUUCGUCAAAGAAGCCUCAACAAAGCUCAUUCAUCGACCUCGAUGAUGAUGAUGAAGAUGAUGAAGAGUCGGGAGAGAGCGGUUCAGAGGAACAUAGCUCAAGUAGCUUGAACUCGGAUUUAGGAUCUGACCCGGCCGAGACUCUAGUCGGAGACGACGACUCAAUGUCCUCCUCCUCGUCUCUGAAGGAGCAUUCUUCCAGUCGUCAUGUCUCUGUGGAUCUCUCGCCUCGUGACUGUCCUCCGUCGGAGGAAUCUUGUACCCUUCAAGUGACCCUGGCGCCACCUAAGCCUUGGAAUACCUUAGCCGCCGAGUCCCGGGAACUGGAAACAGUGUUCGAGACAAUGCUAGCGAAUCAAUACGGGAUCCAUCCACGUCCUUCGGAAUUUAUCCUCCACCUUAUGAAGGAUAUUUUCGGGGCGAAGCUUGCAGGCAAGAUGAAAAGCAUGCAUCUCAAGGUGGCCCCAACGGAGCUCUCUGCAGAGAAGAAGAAAUUUAAUCUCAUAACUGGGGAUAUCUUCAAGAAACUCUCGCUUAAUAUCGAGUGGAAGGACAGGGAGAAGAAAAAGAAUCGGCCGCGACGAAAUACCUCGGACAAUGACAGUGGAUCGGAAAGCAGAACGAGCAGCGACACCUGUGCAUCCUCCUCGGACAGUGGGCAGGAGACCAUCAGCGCCAAGGCUGCUAGUACGCUGGGCAUAUCGAUGUCCGAGGUUAGCGCCGCUUCCAAAGAAGCAUCUGCGAGACGGCCCACCUCGAGUCCAGAGACUCCAAACCUUGACCGGUCUGGACAGCCUGAAGGGCUGCUCCUUUGGCCACGCACCUUCCUUCCUUUCUCAUCUUCCGACUCGGAAAUGCAUUGUUGCAUAAACGUGCAUACCCUCCUUGGGUGCAAAGCCGCUUUGGGAGCCUGGGUAAAAGGUUUCGUUGAUGAGUCUGGCAAGAGAGUCAUCAGCAGAUCCGAGUUUGAGGACUCCAUUUGGUCAUACGAAUGUUUUCGGCGUCAUCGCUUUAAUUGGCCUACUGGCCUACCCAGCUCAAAGUGUCCGUCAACCGAUAGUAUUGAGCUUCCUCUGAAGCCGACGGCGUCCAGCGAUCAAGAUGCUACUGACAAGACGUUGGAGUAUCCUUACAGUCAAAACGAGUUAACCCAUGUUCGCACUAUCCGCGUCUUUGAGGGUAUCAAGCCAAAAUCAUCACGACCGUCAUCUCUUCAAUGAGAGGAUGAAUCUGCCUGUUUGUCCUCAUCAAGUCUUCUUACUUUGCCUCUCAUCUGUAUCAUUUCGCCGGAUUUCUGUCUAGGAUAACCCAUACACAUUCCUUAUCAUCAUCAUGUCGCUUUCACCUGCUCUCACAUCACCUCUAGUUAUCGUCACUGCAUUUAGAACGCUCUCCGCAUUUUGGUUUACUGUACAUCGCUACCCUACAACGCCAUAUGAGGCGACAUCACUCUUCCUUUCGAAGUUUGGCUCAUCUCCCCCGACAUAUCUCCCUUUCCCUCACGCUUUCAUGGAUACUAUCGUUAUAUCACCUCUCGCAUCGCAUCGCAUACAUGGUAUACUUUUGUAUUUUGUACUAUAGGCUCUUAAUGUUGCAGUAAAUCAUAAAGUGUAAACAUCGUAAAAGCGGAAAUUAUGAGCCUGUUUUCACCUAGGGUGCAUAGGCUGCCC